AUGUUUCAGGAGCAUAAUAAAAUUCCAAUCAGCAGCGUCUUGAGUGCGCUGGGCACAUUGAUCGGCUACAUCGGUACUGAGGUUGCAAGUGACUCCUUCUUCCAUCGUGUGCUUUGGCCGCAGCGUGCGUAUAAUAACGUGAGGCCAUGGAAUAUGUGGAAACUGGCGCUGUUCUUACCUAUAGGCAGCCCAUUACACAAGGCGGCCCUUCAAACCAUGGACACCUUCUUCGAAAAUAGACUCUUCCAGGCGCCAAUCUGGGACAUAUGCUGGGGACUACAUUCUUCGCAGAUGGCGAUUCGAGCCCUGUCUCAAAUGCCAGGGCUAGUGGAGGCGCAGCAUAAGCCCCUGCAUCCGGAGGACUGCAAACACGAGGGAAAAAUCCGCCAGAGAGUGACUGUCAGCCAUUUAGUGCUAUCAUCUGGUCAGGCUGAUGGCGAGGACAUCAGCCCAUUAGUGGAGGGCGAUAUUGGCGCUGUAACCUGGGGACCAAUAGCUGGGAUCCUCGCCAGCGAGGCCACAGCAAUCCUGACCGCAAUCGCUGUCGCCAUUUUAAUAGAAGGCCCUGAGUUUAUCGUGAUGCCCUUCUUUCGACACUAUGGCCAUCCUCAGCGCUGCCGCUGGCGUAAAAUCGCCCAAGUCGCCAUAAUUAGAGGCCUCGGUAUAAUCUUCCCCGUCAGGCUUAUCUACUCAUCCCUCUGGAUACCCCUGGGGUUACAGGCUUUAUGGACAGGCUAUGCUCUAUACGCAACAACGGCGCUAUAUAUCAGUCGAUACGCGUACGGCUGUACCUGGGCCACAACAGAGGAACGCCUUGCUGAAGUAUUUAGUAUCGCCGAAAAGAAGGGCGAGACACCUAGAGUACGCUUCCAGGCCGAAAGAGGCUCAAUAGUCACGGCCGAGCUGGUGCGUACAACUCACGAUAAUUUCCAUGGAGCCAAGCGCCAUGUUCAGGAACUUAUCCGGCAAGAAGUUAAAUCAAGUUAG